GAUGCCGGAAACUGAUGUUGCCAUUUGGCUCGUGCAGUUUAAACCAGUGGGGAGUACAUUUCACGUUUCAUUUAGUUUCAUCAAAAGGGAUCGCAAAAAGCAGCGUGAUCAAUAGACAAACAGUUCAGGUUUUUGAGAACUAUGAUUGAGCCGAAAAAGAGGGGUGCGGCGGAGAUGGCUGUGGUACCUGCGGGCAUCAAAAGACCAAGGACGGAACUUGUGGCCGCGGCGCAGUCGCAGCAGCUAGCAACGAUGGGUCCGCCUCGGAGCUCCAGCCUCCAGGCUCCCAUCAUGCUAUUGUCAGGCCAUGAAGGAGAAGUGUACUGCUGCAAGUUCCACCCCAGCGGAUCAGCACUGGCGUCCGCUGGUUAUGACAGACUCAUCUUGUUGUGGAGUGUCUUUGGUGACUGUGACAACUACGCCACCCUGAAGGGCCACAGCGGGGCCGUCAUGGAGCUGCACUAUAACACAGACGGCAGCCUGCUUUUCUCUGCCUCCACCGAUAAGACAGUGGGGGUGUGGGACAGUGAGACAGGAGAGCGAAUAAAGCGCCUGAAGGGUCAUACUUCCUUUGUGAACUCGUGCUAUCCUGCCCGCCGUGGCCCACAGGUGGUCUGCACAGGUAGCGACGACGGGACUGUGAAGCUGUGGGACAUCAGGAAGAAGGCGUCUGUCCACACUUUCCAAAACACCUAUCAGGUGCUGGCCGUCACCUUCAACGACACCAGCGAUCAGAUCAUCUCUGGCGGCAUCGAUAAUGAUAUUAAGGUGUGGGACCUGCGACAGAAUAAGCUGAUCUACACCAUGCAAGGACACGGAGACUCGCUGACGGGCCUGAGCCUCAGCUCCGAGGGCUCCUACCUUCUCUCCAACUCCAUGGACAACACAGUGCGAGUCUGGGACGUUCGCCCCUUCGCCCCCAAGGAGAGAUGCGUGAAGAUCUUCCAGGGAAACGUCCACAAUUUUGAAAAGAACCUUCUGAGGUGCUCCUGGUCAGCGGACGGAAGCAAGAUAGCAGCAGGCUCUGCUGAUAGGUUUGUGUAUGUGUGGGACACCACCUCCAGGAGGAUCCUGUACAAGCUGCCUGGUCACGCUGGCUCUGUCAAUGAGGUCGCCUUCCACCCCACGGAACCCAUCGUGCUCUCUGGGUCCAGUGACAAGCGGCUCUACAUGGGGGAGAUCCAGUAGGGACUCUUGUGGGGCCAUGGUCUUGCUACACACUGACGAGCCCCCCCCCCCCCCCCCCCCCCCCCCCCCCCCCCGAUCGUCUCCAUAGCCACCUGGGGUCACAUGGCCGAAGCCCCCAUAGAAACUGAUGGGGUGUUCAGGAGUUCAGCGCUGCCAUUCUGGACGUCCCGCUGGAGUUGAGACUCACACACACACACACACACACAGGUUAAUUAGCAUUUUACUGAUCUGGUCAGACCUCAGUGACAUUGGCAGUAGUAUGAGUGUGAUCAGAAGCCUUGAGACCAGAAGCCAAGGUGCUCCUGUACAUUUCUGGAUCUUUUUUAUAUUUACUGAAUGCUGUUAAGUUUUAUGUACUUUGUAAAUUUCCACGGAGCUUUUGGUUUUUAAUUGCUCCAAAUAAAUCCACUGGAUUCAGUG